GGGGUGAUCGUUAUUUACCGCAGGUAAAAAUUCUACCUGUUGUUGAUUUAGUCAUUACACAUGGUGGUAAUAAUAGUGUUACUGAAACAUUUGCACAAGGUAAACCAAUGAUUAUUAUGCCAUUGUUUGCUGAUCAACAUGAUAAUGCACAACGUUUAUCGGAAAAAAAUUUGGCAAUUAAAUUACCACCAUAUGAUUUUACUGAUGAACAAAUGAUCGAAUCGAUUGAUCGUUUACUUUAUGAUAAAGAAUUAAAUCAACGUUUAUUACGUGCAUCAAAACGUAUACUACAAACUGAUAAACAUGAAAUAGUUUGCGAUAUGAUUGAAAAAAUUUUAGAAAAUUGUUAAUUUAACUGAUAAAACAUUUAUUUUUCUCAAUUUUUUUUAU